AUGGACAAGCAUGAUGUCUCUGUGCCAGAAGCUGGGAAUGAACGUCAGUCCCUGGAAUUGUACCAGUGGCUAAGUCUCCCCACAAAUCUGGUUUCUCUUGGGAGAAGGCAAAAUUUAAUACCUCUACUGGAAAUCAGAGUAUACCGUGUUGCUUGGUGGAAAACCGAGGAGGAGUCAUGGACAGCACACAGAGAUUUUCAAACCUGCCAUCACAUCUCCAGUGCUGAUGUUUCUUUUUUCCUCAAAGAAGCCAAUCAAGAUAUCAUGAGGAACUCCAGUUUGCAGGCUAGGGUAGAGUCAUUCUUUAUAUACAAAGCCAAUCAGCAACCUGUAGUAAAUGCCACUUAUGGACCUUUUUCAGUAGAACAAGCUAUUCCUGAGGAUCUCAUGCUGACUUCUUCUCCUUUUGGCUUUGCUAAUGAAUUCACAUUUAAUUGGAAAUUAAAAUCACACAUAAUUGACAGCUCAGUAUAUUCCAACAGGCCUAAAGUGCAAGCCUUGUUCUAUAUUGCAGGAAAGGACUGGGAGGACUACGAUUCUGCAGAGAGAUUACCCUGUGUGAAGAUGUUUGCUUUCUUGGAGACUAGAGAAGCUGUGGCCAGCUGUAGGUUGGGAGGUCAUCUAGGGUUAUGUGUUGCAGAACUGGAAUUAGCUCCAAGUUGGUUCAGCUCACCUCCACCAUUGGUUUUGGAGCAUGAGCAAACUGCAGCCUUGUUGGAAGGCAUUACAGUGGAGCUCUUCUAUAAGAUGUAUGCAACAGAUGGGGAGUGUUCUCCCAAGGAAGUCAAAUGGGAAAACAACAUACAGGCAGGUCAAGAUACUGCACACAAGGCUUUGCCAUCUGUGGAGAGGAUUGGUAGCAUCAUUGUUUAUCCAACUCAAGACAAACUAAAACAGUCUUCCCUGAGGCUGGAUGAGAAUAUCAUAAUCCACUUACCGCUCAACCCUGUCAAGGAAGGUGACAUUGUAACCUUUUAUGUCUCCCUUACCGGUGACUCCCUAGAAGAUCAGUUUACAUUAAGAAUUAAAGCAGCACCAGGUGUGAAGAUAAUGGCCAUCAGAGUCAGUGAUGCAGACCAAUGGGGAAUUCAACAAGAAAUAGACAACGAAAGGGAACAGACCACUGCCUCUGUUGUUUGUGUGCGUAAUGAUCCAAACAUAGAAAGCAGGUUUUCUACCGCUGUAUAAAUCAAACUUGCAUUAAGGUAAGUCAAACUACAAAAAUAGAAAGCAG